AUGUUGCCCUCCUCCUGCCCUCCUGCCCUCCUCCUGCCCUCCUGCCCUCCUGCCCUCCUCCUGCCCUCCUGCCCUCCUGCCCUCCUGCCCUCCUCCUGCCCUCCUGCCCUCCUCCUGCCCUCCUGCCCUCCUCCUGCCCUCCUGCCCUCCUCCUGCCCUCCUGCUCUCCUCCUGCCCUCCUCCUGCCCUCCUCCUGCCCUCCUCCUGCUCUCCUCUUGCUCUCCCCCUGCCUUCCUGCCCUCCUGCUCUCCUCCUGCUCUCCUCCUGCUCUCCUCCUGCUCUCCCCCUGCCCUCUUCCUGCCCUCCUGCUCUCCUCCUGCUCUCCUCCUGCUCUCCCCCUGCCUGCCUGCCCCUCCAUCCCCUCCUCCCAUGAUACCUACUAUGAUUAUAAUUUGA